UUCAUUAAAAAACGUUCGAAAUGUAAACAUGAUAUAAUAAUUAGUACUUUAAGCUUUAAAUUUACAGAAAUGGCAACUCUAUAUGUGAAAUACGAAUCCCGGUGCCACAUUGCGGAAUAUUGGUUAAUUAUAAAAAAAUUUCAUCAGACUUGUUUAUUUACUUAUAAACAAUAUUGGAUUCAGAUUUGAUUAAACACUGAAGUGAAAUGGCAGAAUUGGACAUAAUAACUAAAUUUCGGUCUCUUGGGAUGAGUGAACAAAAAGCCAAAGAAACAAUUAAAAAUGCUAACAUUGCAAACAAUUUGGAAUUGGCAUUAACGCAUAUCAAAAAUAAAAAACUUGAUGAUGGAGUUGGCAUGCUGCUUUACCAUAUGGCUUCAAAAUUAAAACCACAAAUAAUCCACGAAUUGCCAUUUCUCGUUGAUUAUAUAGUCGAUCGUAAAUUGGAUACGACUACACGUAUUGAUGCAGCUUUGGAUUAUUUACUUCAAUAUGUACAGAAAAAAGAUAUAGCCGUAAAUAUCGUGGAGUUUGAACGGGCAUGCGGUGUUGGCGUAGAAGUUACACCGGAAGAAAUUGAACGCAUUGUUCAAGAAAAAAUUAAACUGCAUAAGGACUCAUUGCUCUCUCAACGUUAUCAUUUUAAUUCAUUUAAAAUUAUGCAAGAAGUACGUACUGAAUUAAAAUGGGCCGAUGCCAAAUCCAUAAAAGCUGCUAUCGAUGUCGAAAUUUUUGAUUUACUUGGACCAAAAACCGAAGAUGAUUUAAAACCGCUGGUAAAAGCAGAUAAAAAAAAGGAAAAACUUAAACAAGUAACAAGUAAUGGCACAACAGGUAAUAAAGUUAUUACAAGUGAAGUUACUACAGCCGUUGAACCUGAAAGUAAAACAACAGACGGGGCCCGCACUAUUGCCGAACUGAUGAAAACUAAAGUACAUUUUCAUGCUACUGGUGAAAAUUACAAAACAGAUGGAUACGUAGUUACUGAAAAUACUGAACGCCUACUAAAAGAGCAUUUACUUCAAACUAAUGGCAAAGUACAUACGCGUUUUCCUCCAGAACCGAACGGUAUUUUACACAUUGGCCAUGCUAAAGCUAUAAACAUCAAUUUUGGUUAUGCUGCUUCACAGGGUGGUGUUUGUUAUUUACGUUACGACGAUACAAACCCCGAAAAGGAAGAAGAAAAAUUCUUUAUCGGCAUUAAAGCUAUGGUGGAAUGGCUAGGUUACAAGCCAUAUAAAAUUACUCAUUCAUCUGAUUAUUUCCAACAGUUAUAUGAAUGGGCUGUGAUUUUGAUACAAAAAGGAUUGGCAUAUGUAUGCCAUCAAACGGCGGAUGAUAUGAAAGGAUUCAACGUGAAACCUAGUGAUUGGCGGGACCGAUCUGUUUCAGAAUCAUUACAACUUUUUGAAGACAUGAAAAAUGGUAAAAUUGAAGAAGGCGCCGCUACUUUACGCCUUAAAGUAACUUUAGAAGAAGGCAAAAUGGACCCCGUUGCUUAUCGUAUUAAAUUUAUACCUCACCAUCGAACAGGCAACAAAUGGUGUAUUUAUCCGACAUAUGAUUAUACUCACUGCCUAUGUGAUUCAAUUGAAAAUAUCACGCAUUCGCUGUGUACAAAGGAAUUUCAAUCCCGUCGUUCGUCUUACUAUUGGCUUUGCAAUGCUCUAGAAAUUUAUUGUCCGGUACAAUGGGAAUAUGGGCGUUUGAAUAUGAAUUACGCUUUAGUAUCGAAACGAAAAAUUGCUAAACUUAUAACUGAGCAGAUCGUAAACGAUUGGGAUGAUCCUCGCUUAUUUACUUUAACAGCGCUGCAUCGACGGGGUUUUCCAGCCGAUGCCAUCAAUAAUUUCUGUGCUCAAAUGGGUGUAACCGGUGCUCAAAUAUCUGUUGAUCCUUCUAUGUUAGAAGCAGCUGUUCGUGAUGUGCUAAAUGUAACAGCACCAAGACGUUUAGUCGUACUGGAGCCACUGAAAGUUACUAUAACGAAUUUUCCACAUAAGGCUCCGAUUGAGUUAGAAAUACCAAAUUUCCCACAAAAUCCCGAAAAAGGAACUCAUAAAAUUCUACUCGAUCGCGUUAUUUAUAUCGAACAAAGCGAUUUUAAAAUACUGCCAGAAAAAGGUUAUCGCCGUUUAUCUCCCGAACAGAACGUUGGUUUGAGACAUGCUGGAUUAGUUAUAUCGGUUAAAGAAGUAAAGAAAGAUGUUGACGGAGCUAUACUUGAACUUAUAUGUGAAUGUCAGCCCACAGAAAAAGCCGAAAAACCAAAAGCUUUUAUACAAUGGGUAUCCCAACCGAUAGUAUUAGAAGUACGUCUUUACGAAAUGCUUUUUAAGCAUAAAAAUCCUGAAGAUCCAAACGAAGUACCUGGUGGAUUUUUAUCUGAUAUAAAUGAAAAAUCUAUGACUGUGUUGUGGGCUAUGGCUGAUCAAGUAUUAGGAAAAGUGAGAGUUUAUGAAAAAUAUCAAUUUGAACGAAUUGGCUUUUUUUCUGUUGAUCCCGAUACAAAUAAUGAACGCAUUGUAUUUAAUCGUACAGUUGGUUUGAAAGAAGAUGCAGGUAAAAAAUAACAAUUUUUUCUAUACUAUGUUUUAAACAAACUCGCUAAUAAAGAUUUUGUAAGUAGAGAAAAUGAGUAUCAUUGAAAUACACAUAUAUAA